ACUGCUCCGUUCUCGUAGUAAGCCUUCAUAUAUAUACACCACCGUAUCUCCCUUCCCAGCAAACGCAGUCGAUCUACAGGUGCCAGUGUUACUAACUCAGAGGACCAUGUUGAGCGGUGCACCUAGCAAGCCACAGAUGCGUAUAGGUGCAAAUCGAGCAACACGGGAAACCAAAGGCGCCCAACCUGAUGAGUUUACUCCGUCGAAUGACGAGGAUGUGACUCGUAAUACUGAAGACGAAGCAACAACAGAGAUUGCCGAUUAUAUCCAACUGCGCGAAAAAUUCCAUGGCUUAAUACAAAACAUCCUAAAGGGGAUUGAUACUUUCAUUACCUCCGGUGAUGGUAGAGCUCCAAUGGAAGCAUCUGUCAUGUCGUGCGACGUUAACGUUACCAUUGCGUUUGGGGAUCUUGGCAGGAAAUUCAGGUUUACUUGUGAAGACAAAAACCCUGCGAUCCCUUCUUCAGCGGAACAGGGCAUGAACGACUGUGGCACCCAUAAUUUCCACGUAAAGUGCUUGGGCAACAUCAGCGGAGCAUCAGCUCAUGGUAUGGAGGACGAAAACGAAUCGCUGGACCCAAAGAACUAAAAGGAAUCGCCGAAGUAAAAGGGAAAAACUAAGAAUAUGGAUUUGAUAAUAACGGACAAACGUUGCUCUGUUCACAUUCGUCCCUAUAGGACAUCAUGUUGGCCAAUAUAUUUGUACUUUAUCAUUUUAUCGUGUGGAUUCAGGUUUGACUAUUAUUGCUGUUAUGAUAUGUAAUUGUGAUGAAUAAAUGAUGCUUGUAAACUUGAUAUAAUAUAUGUAUUGGUGUGGUUUUCUUAUUA